AAAACAUCGCAUCCUUAGCAAAUUCUGCCGAUAUAUGAAAGGACUCUUGUCAGCACGUGCCUUGAUGCCUAAGGCCUAGAAGACGUCAUCCAGCAACUGAGAACAAUUACCAGUACAGCAAUUGAAUACAUACUUCUCCCCAGGGGUAGAUACUACUCUAUUGGAGCUAUUGAAUGCGACCUCAAAGAAUUGAACUACUCCGCCGGUUCCACUCGCUCUCAACAAAAGCGGGCAGAAGGAGAUAUACGCAGUAGGGGUUAUCACGGUCAUUAUCCCAUUUCCCCGAGGAUGGACUCGGUCUUCAUUGACUCCGUGACUUCUGUCUACUACUAUUAUAUACCGCUGCUGCUCCUCUUCCUUUCUUCUCGGGCACUCAAGCCAUCAUCGCCAUGUCGCCUCCCGAUCGCAUCUCAACCGUCUUCGAUUCCGCUCCGGUCUCCAAGCACACCUACAAAUCCUCCGCGGACUUCCGCUCCGGUCGCCUGAAUGCGAUCGCCAACCCCGGAGCCGUGAAGAUCAAUGUCGAGGGCGCAUUCAUCGUCGACGAAGAACCACGAUCCCGCUCCAGAAGUCCCAUAGAAGCCGAGGGCGUGCAUUACGAGAGCCAAGAUAUCCGUCUUCCCCAUCACACCGGCGUUGUGAGCCAUGUCGCUGUGGACAUUGGCGGCUCGCUGGCGAAAUUGGUCUAUUUUACGCGAGAGCUGGACUCCGCGGACAAUGGCGGCCGAUUGAAUUUUAUCAACUUCGAAACCCAUCGCAUCGACCUUUGCAUUGACUUUAUUCGACAAUUGAACGAGGAACAUGAGAAGCUCAAUGGCUCUUCACAAGACGAAUUGUGUGUUGUGGCUACUGGGGGUGGUGCAUACUUGUACUACGACAAACUAAAGGAGGCUUUGAAUGUGAACGUUAAGCGGGAAGAGGAGAUGCAAUGCUUGAUUACAGGCCUUGAUUUCUUCAUCACCGAGAUUCCGAACGAAGUCUUCACCUACAGCGACACCGAUCCCGAACCGAUGAAAUUUGCCGAGGCCCGACCGGACGUAUACCCCUAUCUCCUGGUUAACAUUGGAUCCGGUGUAUCCAUGAUCAAGGUCUCCGGCCCGAAGGAGUUCCAGCGUGUGGGUGGUACUCACCUGGGCGGUGGUACAUUCUGGGGUAUCUUGUCCCUGCUCACGGGCGCCCGGACCUUCGAUGACAUGCUGGCAAUGGCGGACAGCGGAGACAACAGCGGGGUGGACAUGCUGGUCGGUGACAUUUAUGGCAUGGACUACAGCAAGAUUGGACUCAAGAGUACCGCCAUCGCCAGUACCUUUGGCAAAGUCUUCCGCAUGAAAAACGCUGCUGAGCGGGAUGCAGAGGAUGGCGAAGGCCUCAGCCCCAGGGAUCCUGAACACCCCGAGGAUGAUGUGAAGUUCAGGCACGAGGACAUGAGCCGGAGCCUGCUAUACGCAAUCAGCAACAACAUCGGCCAGAUCGCAUAUCUCCAAUCGGAGAAACACGAAGUCAAGCACAUCUACUUUGGCGGAUCCUUCAUCCGGGGCCAUCGCCAAACUAUGAACACACUAUCCUACGCCAUCCGCUUCUGGUCCAAAGGAGAGAAACAAGCCUACUUCCUACGCCAUGAGGGCUACCUCGGUGCAGUUGGCGCAUUCCUCCGCAGACAACCGGCCAACUGGGGUCGUCGGAACAGCCUUGACGAUACGACAGCGCCUCUCACGUUCAAAGAGGCCCUUCUAUCCUAAAUCCAGAGCUAGCCCUCUGGACCAUUGCCCAUUUGUAUAUUUUCUGCUUUGACAAAAGCAUUUGUUUAUUAUAUGUUGGUUUGAACUCUUCGAUACCCAUUGUUUUACUCGACCUUUCGGUGCAUAUCAGAUGCAAUUGUUUGAAGUUGAUAUAUUGUCUUUAAUACCGAUCAUGGACCCAGGAAAAGGUCCAAGCAUUAUGUUCUUUUGGAUGAGUUCUGUAUACGUCUGUUCGAGUACUUUUACAGACUGGAUGCUACACUAUGAUUUUUUUUUUUUUUACCACCAUGUUGUAUUUAGAAUUAUUUUCGCAUUGUAUAACACAUAUUUUCAUGUC